AAUUAUUGUUACUAAUGAGAAAUGUCUGCUGCAAAAGCAUCGAAUAGUACGAAAAAAAAAUCAACGACAUUUGAAAAUGGGGAAAAAAAGACCCAGAGUCAGUCGAAAAAACGAUCAUCAAUAAAAAGUGAAAAUUACGAUGUCGAAAGUAAUGGACCCCGACAUUGUUUGAUAGAUGAAACUGCUGAAGAAGACAGUUCUGAUGAUGAACCUGAGUCGGAAAGCGAUGAAGAAACACCUUUUGUGAAAGAUAAAACUCCCGAACACGCUUCUGAAUUUUGGCAGUUACAAAAACUUAUAAAAUAUAUAAAAGCUGGUAAUCAAACCGCUACAACUGUCGCUCUAUGUCUUCUUAAAAAUUUUAAACUUGACAGUCGGUCAAUUCAACGAGCAAUACGUGAAAUGGGUGGAUUAGAAGUUCUUGUGAAUCUUCUAGAAACCAAAGACGUUAAAUGCCAACUAGGAUCUCUUGCUGUUUUAUCAAAAAUGGGAUAUUGUUCUGAGACACGUCGAUAUCUUAUUGAUCUAGGAAUAGUAUCACCGCUUAUUGAAUUGCUUAAACAUCCAGCGAGGGAUGUCAGAAUAUUAACUGCCGAAACAAUGGCCAGUAUUGCAAUGAUGCGAAAAGCCAGAAAGCAAAUUCGCAUCCGUUCUGGUAUUGCUUUGAUAUUAGAUGCAAUGGACGUUCCCGAUAAUGUUCUACGACGAAGUUACGAAUUGUUGAAUGAAAGUGAAAGACAACAUGUCGCAGUAGCUAUUGCUUGUGCUAAAGUUCUUAAUUCUUUGAGCAGCAGUCCGAAGAUUAAAGAAGAACUUCGAAAGCAUGGGGUUGUAUUUUUUAUGAGUCGUUUUCUUCAGUCAACUCACAUUGAACUUAUUAUUCCAAUUAUGGGAGCAAUUCAACAAUGCGCUGAUUUAAAAGUAUUUAGAUUGGCCUUUGAACAAAUAGGAAUUAUAUCUGAAAUAGUCCGUCACCUUUGCGACAGUGAAGCUGCUAGCAGUAAAUACACCCAAUCAUUGACAAAUCAUCACAAGAGUAGUCAUGCAGCUGAAUCAUCACCUGAACUGGAUGCUUUGAGUGAAAAAGCGAAUGAAGAAGCCAGACGUGUAGAGAAAGAGCGUUUGAAACUUGAAGAAAAUUGUGCUCUUGCUAUAUUCAAAUGUGCUGCCAAUAAAUUAACACGUGAUAUGGUACGACAAUCUGGGGGAUUGGAUCCUCUCUGUCGAUUAAUUCAAAGCGAGAGCAUACGCUCCAAUAAAAACCUUCUUGCUGCAGUAACUGGGGCGAUUUGGAAGUGUGCGAUAAGCCCAGAAAAUGUAUACAGGUUUAAUCAAAAUAAUUUGGUUGCUUCUCUUGUACCACUUCUUGAAGAAAAUGAAGAUGAACAAGUUCUUGCUAAUGUCGUAGGUGCGUUAGCCGAAUGUUGUGUUGAUCCGGCAAAUAGACAUGUGCUGAGAAUUAACAACGGCCUUCCAAAAUUGAUUAGAUUACUAAGCGGAACAUAUGAACCUCUUUUAGAAAAUUUGCCACUAGUUAUUAAGGAAUGUGCUGAAGAUGAACAAUGCAUGGAUGUAAUAAACGAUCCCUCUCAUUCGCUUGAUGGUGUCCGUCUUGUAUGGUCGUUACUUAAACAUCCAAGUAAUGUUAUAAAACGCAAUGCUUGUAGAGCACUUGUACCCUGUAUAAAAUAUGCUAAAGAUUCACCCGAAAUGGUUCGCGCUUUUGUGGGUGGUCUUGAACUCACCGUGUCCAUAUUAGAUAGUGAUGAUAACCAAGUACUGGCUGCUGUUUGUGCGACGAUUGCUGAAAUUGCUGUAAAUCCAGAAAAUCUGGGCAUACUUACUGAUCACGGUGUUGUUCAGAAAUUAGCUAAGCUUGUACAUACGGAAGAUGAAGACUUACGAGCUAAUCUUACUCUGGCAAUAGCAUUUUGCUGUGAAUGGGACCGCAAUAAUUAUGAGUUCGGGAGAUUAAAUGCAGUAGCACCUCUUGUUAAUUAUGCAAACAGCAAAAAUAAAGAUGUACUCAAAGGAGUUUGUAUAGCAUUUUAUCAUCUAAGUAAAGAACCAUUGAAUUGUGUUACUAUGCAUACCUGCGGAGUUAUUAAGCAUGUACUUCGUCUUGUUGGAUCCGAUGAUCCAGAAGUUCAAAUAGCAGCGGCGACAACUAUUCGAAACAUCCGGAAACUCGCACUCAAUACUGAAAAAUUAAAUUUCGGUGGAAUCAAUACUCUACAGGAAAUGGAUUACUGCACCUAAAAAAUAUCAAUAAUAAAAUUAUACUUUCAAAAAAUGUGAAAAAAAUAUGAGUGUGAA